GUUUCUGAUAACAUUGCGUGUGUGUUAAAACCGCAGACUUCGUCAAGUAUGCGGCACCCAGUUUAUUGAGAAAUAUAAGUUAAUUCAAGAAGUUUAUAAAACUCUAAUCGAUUGUAAAUGUUGCUUACCUAUGCGUGUUUCUCAUUUGUCACUAAAUAUACGCAAUUUUGCGAAGAGAAGUUAUAAAAUAUGUAAAAUUCCAGGUGGAAAUAUGCUUGUUCGUAUAUAAUUUUUAUAUACUAAGAGCUUUAAAAUUGAACUUCCGUCCUUUAUAUGACGUCACGCACUCAAAGUAAAAUUCGCAUCAAAACAAGCAAAUAUGCCAUGUUUGAACACAAAGUUCGAUGCGUUCCCAUCGAUUAAAUUCAGUGGGCGAUAGCUCAAAAUGAUCAGUAAAAUACAGAGAAAACGUUUGUAUCGAAAAACGAAAUAUGAAAAUUUCACUUCAGUAGCACUUUAACAAAAGAUUGCUUAACUACGUCACUGCGUACGACAACUUGUUUACAUAUGUUUAUCGAACCCAGAUUCCUCACGGUCAAACACGAAGCGACCCAAACGACGAAGUAAAUCUGAAACAGCGAAACUUUCUACUCUCUGCGUAUCAACUGACUUUAUCUUGCGAAGAUCAUUAACUAUGAACCAACAACAAAUUUUCAUAAAUGUUCCCAAACAUAAUCCACAACAAUUGGAAAUUGUAACCGUGCCAGUUGAGGUUCAGCUGAGAAAUCAACUACCAAUGGGUAAUGUAUCAUUUGUGUUGGUGCAAAGUACCGAAGUUGACGAAAUUGCUCUUCGUCUUCGUUAUGUUGAAGGUAAUAUUCUUGUACGAGUUGUUCUACCAAUGAGUAUCGUAACAUCCAUGCUGCAAACGACCAAAGUGAUUUCUGGUCAACAAACUAGCCAAGAUGCUGUGGCAUCAUGUCAUUCAAACCAAGGGAAUGAAGAAGACACUGAACCAAUGGAUAUCGAUUGAUAUCCAUUGACUUCCUCAGCGGGCAGCUUUUUACGAUACCUGCCUGUGGGCAAAAGUCAUAUUUAUGCAAUGUAUUUGUGAAGAUUAUUUAUUGGUGUAUCAUCUAUAUUGUCUUAAAAGAGUUUUUGCUAUUAACAUGCCAUUUUUUGGGCAUAGCUAAUGCCAAUAAGGCUAUUAGUCUAAUUACUUAUAAUCCCCAUAUUUAGAAAUGUUCUUUUGGAUGACAAUUUACAUUUUUACAAUCUAUAUUUGUUUAACUCAAUUAUAGCACUGGCCUUUCUUUUGAUAACACUUAGCCCAACCAGUGGUUUUCUCUUGCACAACAAUAAAUUUCAACACCCUGGAAACACUUAUCAAUGUUUGGUAAAUUUCCCUAUGUACACCAUAUAUAGAUCAAAUAGAGGCAGUAUUCUGACUAAUAAUUAUAUUUCUUAUUUGUAAUGAAUACUAUAAAUAGUGCUCUGUAAAACAAUAAAACCAGUUAUUCCAUUAA